UUCAUAAGGCUUCUCAUCCUUUUGUUCGUCUCGGUUUCUGACAGUAAAUGGGCUGUUCGGUGACCGUCUUAGGUUGUGCAAACAAAAAGCAAAGUGAUAUAGGGUCGCCGCUCUGUGACUGUGAAUGGGCUUCUUCAUUUGUCAAGUGAGAGGCUCAUGGCUUACCGCUCAUUACUCAUCUUUCUCCUGAUUUGCAUUAUUUUCUCGAAUGAAGUGUUCUGUUAUGCCACUUUUAAAUUAAGACCCAGAAAUCAAAGAUUUGCCGCAUUCAACCACCUGUUGAAUACAAUUCCUGUGAUGCCAAAGUUAACCUUCUACCCGCAGGCUCCGAUAGGAAGAGCUAAUUGAUUUUUAAAAUUAAAUAUUUAAUUGUUACCGGUAAUAUGAAUUCACAGUGAGAAAUCUAAUAAAUGAGUAAAAAA